CCUCACUUCAAGCUGUCCACAAGAUUAUUGUGCCUUGCCAUUUAUUGCGCUUGUGCUUGGAGCCUGCAAAGCUCUCUUAUGCAACGCGACUUGUCAUCUACCGAACUUCCUUGGACAAGGCGCUGUCCAAAAACGGUUGGCUGCGGCGCAUCAAUAACACGAUCCACGCGAACCUGGCGGAGUAGUUCCAAACCUCACCUUUCAAAAAAGUUUGCGCCUUCCAUCUCUCCCUCACAACGGCAAACAAGCCCAAAUCCUACCCUCCAAGGCUACAAAUCUCGCCUCUGUGCGCCUCUGACGACUACAUGUCCUGAACGUCGACGAUACUAUGCGCUGCGACAGUGGGCGGUGAUUGAGCGAUAGGUGAUAGAGCGCCUCAACUCGAAUGAAGCCAAAUGCCUUCUCAAUCGCAUCCCCAAGCACAAUUUGUGCCUAUAUCGCCGGAGUUCGAUCUGGCUGCACUGGUUGAGAGUACCGACAACUUCGACUAUGUUACCAGACUCUCGACUGAGAAGCUCAAGGAGCACUCCAUCCAGAGCUUCGAAGCCCUGAUUUUGGCAGUUGUUAUUCAGAGCGGGAAGCCCCUCGUGAUCGAAGACUGGAGUGAGAGUCUACCUUCUUUGCUAUUCAGUAAGGAUUGGCUGGAGUCCAACCUGGGAACCAAACCCGAGCAAGUGAGAGAUAUCCCUAAUGAAAUCAACAUUCCCAUGACCAUGGGUCAUUACUUGAGAUCUAUGGCACAGCUUGCGAACCAAUUCACUAAAGACAACUUUCGCGAUCCGAGACGCCAAAGACUGUACAUGAAAGACAUUGAUUGUCCAGAAGGAUGGGCCGACCAUUUGAAGAACACCAUACCUGAAUGCGUUUACUACCUCAAUGACUGCAUCGAAUCCAGAACCGGUGGAGAUGGUGCAAUACUCGAGCCGAAUGAGUAUAAUCAAAUGCGAUACGGGAAAGGUGUUGCGCCAGCUGGCGAUUUGAUGAGCAGUCUUCCGCCAGAGAUGAGAGCUCUCAACAUGAUGUGUUAUAUUGGCCAUGAAGGUACCUACACUCCAACACAUCGCGAGAUGUGCGCCACUCUUGGCCACAACAUCAUGGUCGAAGCAUCAGAAAAUGAAUGGCGGGAGAAGGAGGGUAGCUCGAUUUGGUUCAUGACGGAGACGAAGGAGCGCGAGGUUGUCUCUGAAUACUUCCUAUCGAUGCUAGGUCACGAUGUUGAGGUCGAGAAGCACUUUGCUCAAGUCAAUGCCUGGAAGAAAGCACCAUUCAAUGUUUGGGUUGUUGAACAGAAAAAGGGCGAUUUGAUUCUCAUACCACCACUUGCUCCCCAUCAGGUCUGGAAUCGAGGAACACGUACUAUGAAAGCUGCUUGGAAUCGUACAACUGUUGACACACUCGAGUUGGCCUUACAUGAAGCGCUUCCUCGUGGUCGAAUGGUUUGCAGAGAUGAGCAGUACAAGUGCAAGGCUAUAGUUUAUUAUACGCUUGUGAAGUAUUACAGCUUACUCCAGCGGGAUACUAUCGAGCCAAAGAUGUGGAAGUAUGGCAGAAUCAAACAGCUUCUAGAAGAUUUUAAGCGACUAUUCAUGCUGUAUCAAGAGAUCUUGGUCAGUGAGAUGUUCUCGCCAAAACUGCCCGAGGAAACAGACGUCGAAAUGGUUCCGUUCGACUCGAAUGUCACUUGCUCCUAUUGUCGCCUGAACAUCUUCAAUAGGUUCCUUACCUGCAAGUCCUGCAUUCUUUAUGGAGACAAGGGGGAGGAGGACACCUACGACAUCUGUAUGGACUGCUACGCUAUGGGCCGCUCAUGUGCUUGUAUCUCUGCGUUAAGCUGGGUAGAACAGUGGGACUGGAACCUGCUCGUCGACAACUACGAAACAUGGCGUGGUGUAGUUGUCCAAUUUGACGGUUACUUCGAUACGAUGAGAUCGCCACAAGUUCUUGAUGUUGCGAGAAAGCGAUAUGGCAAAAAGCCAAUUGCAGAGGUUUGCCAAGAGCAGUUGAGACGUAGGCCUUGGACCGAUAUCACAAAGCCAAAGGAGCUCACCCCUGAUAUGUCGGAUAUUGAGCCGGAAGUUGACGACGAAGGACGCACCAAAACCAGAAAGGGAAAGAAAGGAGCUGCCAAUCGACGAAACAGAAUAGCACCGCAAAAGGGGAAAACUCAUUCUUGCCACAUCUGCUUCCAUCAGGAAUGGAACUGGAAGCUUGCGUUCUGCACAACAUGCAACGCUGCCUAUUGCUACGGAGUCCUGUGGCGCGCUUUUGACCUUAUGCCUCAGACAGUUAUGGAAGAUAAAGACUGGCAGUGCCCGAAGUGUCUCAAGAUUUGCUCUUGCUCAAAAUGCCGGAAGGGUAAUAUCCAGAAGCCUUAUCAACCUAAAGGAACACUUCUCGGACAUGAUACCCGGAAGGUUGCGGACUACCGAAGCGUAGAGAGUCUUGUAGACUUCUCCAGGACCAAUCUGCAAUGGCUACGAGAUACCAAUGCCGAGAACCCUCAAGAUACUGGGCGAAUGAAGAAACUCAAGGAGAAGGCAGAGGCUGAGAAGGCCCGUGUCGAACCAAUUGACGAUAGUUAUCUUGGUACAGAAGGCGAUCCAUUCGCAACCGCAAAUGCAGACACAGCUGCAGAUGAGGCUGCAAACACAGCUCUUGAACAGCAUGCAAGAGAGAUGCAAGACAUUGACCCAUCACUCCGCGACCUCGCACCUGAAGAUCCUACUGCCAAUGGCAGUGGUGAAUAUCGAACGCCCUAUGAUCCUCCAGUGUUCACGCCCAACCCUAACGGUCAUGAUGAUUAUGCACUCAAUGGCCACAUGGGAGAUGACCUCCAGAAUCCCUGGAUGGGAAUGGAUGGCCACUAUGAAUUCCACGAUUAUGACUCCGCCAAUCCGCAGCCAGCAAGCUAUCCAUCUCGCCUGCUGGCACCUGUUCCCCCUAUGAUGUCUUCAACACCGACUCCCGUCCGUGGCACAACUCCAGCUCCUAUGGCACCUCCCGAGCAGCCUGAGCCAUCGUACCCGGAUCCAUCUCACGUCGGGCAAAACCGUAUGAUGGGCAUCGGAUACUAUCAGCAAGGUGAUGGCAUCGAUAGGAUUGUCUACGACCCACCAAGCAUGAACGAUUCAAUAGAAGAGUCGUCUCAGCAAACUCUUGCCCAGAAUCCAAAUUUGGCUCUCUCGGACCUCUUGGAACCCGCUCUAUUACAGCCAGAAGUCAAGAAGCGCAAGCGGCACGGCGAGGACGACGAGGAAGAAGAGUUCUUCACAUCCAAAAAGCAAAAGAAAGCAGCCAAGAUCAAGAAGAAUGGGGCGGAUGCGAGUCAGGCGAAUGAAGUGGCCGAAAUUCCAAGACCAGAGAAGCGUCUACCUCGUCGUAGUGCCGGUCAACCAGGAAUUUACACUGAUUUGGGUGAAGACGCAAUACCAAUCGAGGAAGACGAAGAAAACCUCAUUCCGAAUUAUAACACAGCUCCUUAUAGUCGCAAACGCAAGACUGACCAUCCAGAAGAUGACCUAGAGCUCGCUGCUCAGGCUAUGAGUAACAUUACCAAACCCCUUACUAAGAGAGGUCGCCCGAAGGGCCCGAAGCCUUCCAAGGAACGUGUAUCAAAUACUAUCAAGACACCUCGCAAGUCCGCUUGGCUGACACGUAAAGAGGCCAACGAAGCCGGGGCAGACGGUUCUGGUGAUCUCCAUGCAAAGAGAAUUAGGCAAACAAGAAGUAAUGGCGCAAGUGGUGGCUCAAGAUCUAGCUCAGGAGCAAUGGACGUACCAUCCGACUCUGCUUCUGCGAGCGUUGUUGGCGACACUGCAGUCAUCUCCAGCGAUAUUGAUAGCGAUAAGGACAGCCUCUUCGGAGACCAAGUCGUCCGAGAUACUAGAGCUACCAAGAACCCACAAGUAGUCCACUUAAGCAGUCAUGAGGAGAGCUCUCCCAAGCCACAGUCGACAACCAAAGCUGUGGAUUCUGGCGAUGAAUCUGAUUUUGCUCUACCAUCAAAACCAACGCCUAAGCGACGAGGCAGACCUCCCCGACAAGCACGGGCUGAUUCAGAUACUGACAGUACCCAAGACAAGCCCACUCCUAAGCGCCGGGGUAGACCGCCAAAGAAAACCGUUUCUCAGGUCGUUCUUCGAUCGCCUUCGCCAGUUGAGAAGCCUACCGCGCCGAAAAUGCUUUCACUGAAGGAGAAACUUGCUCUGAAAGGAAAAUCGUUUAAGAUUGUUUCGAAGCCCGUGAAGACCACUGACAAUGCGUCCGGGCCCUCUAGUGCCAGAAGCACUCCGUCAAACAUGCAUGGAUCUGCCACGAUGCCCAAGUCAAUCUUGAAGCAGCCAGCUAUUGUUAUUCCCAUUUCUUCGGAGGCAGCAAACAGCAAGCCUGUACCUGCAAUUUCCAGUUCAGAGCAUUCUCCGAUUGCGACUCCAGCAGACUUGUCCAGCAGCAAGACUACCUCUAUUUCCACAACCCUUCCACCCAUCCCACCUCAACGCAAGGGCCCGACCGUUGUUCGUUUGAUGAGUCCAGAUUCAGAGUCAUCGGAGGAUGCGCGACCACCUUCAGAUUCCUCAGGGUCCGAUGAUUCUUCUUCGGACGAUGAGGAAAUUCCAGCUGUUAUUUCACCUAAGGCUGUUCGGGGGACUAUGGCAGUCAGAGGGCGUGGUCGUCCACGAGGAAGACCCCCUGGAGUCAGGCUACGAUAGUUGACUUGAUUUGAGGAUUUAAAAAUUGGCUGAGGACUUCAAAGCUGGCUACCAAUAUAUGGGAUUUCGAUUCGCGAGGAUUACUGGUCGUAGGGUUAAGGAGUUGCAGUUUACUUACUUUUGCGCUUGAAUUCAUUGACAUGACUAUUUGAGAGUGUACCAUACAGGGCGAAGGACAAGAUGGGAAUGGCAUACAUGCUUCAUUGUACCGUCGAAGUCCAUUAAGGACCAGGGGGUUACUUCCGCAGCGGUAUGCCAAGCGAUGAUGAAUACAGUAGAAAAGGGACUGAGUGUAUGUAUUUACACAAUAAAACAACAUAUUCAUAAAUGCGAUGUCUCGUCUUGACCUGUCAUCAAAGUGUUUAUGUCACCACAAUAGUAGUGGCACUCGACUUCUGUACCAUGACUGAAAGGUAAUU